AGCUGGAUCACGCUGAAUCCCCGGGUAGCGGCCGGGUGCACUGUUCCCCUUUUUUCCGUCCCUUUAGAGGACGCGUACCGUCUUCAAAAUCAGGUCUCCUCAAAUGGGUUGUUCGUCCUCAGCCGCUAGUCCUGGUGCCUCAGCUAACCAGGCUAGCGACAAGCAGAAUCAAGAGCUGAGAUUGUUAGACGAAUAUUCUGUUGGGCUGACACUAGGUGAAGGUGCCUUCGGCGUCGUGUCAGUAUGCAAGCGGCGUGCCACUGGCGAAGAAUUUGCCGUCAAAAUGGUGGACAAGGUUGAGACGCCAGUGGAAGCCAUCAAAAAGGAAGCAGACAUGCUCCAGAGCAUGGACCACCCAAAUAUUGUCAAGUUUCACGGCGUCUACUAUGAGAGGUGCUUCGUGUGCAUCGUCAUGGACAAGCUUGACGGUGGCGAUUUGGUGGAGGGGCUGCAGCGACAUCUGAAGGAAAAGGGGCAGAUCAACUGCCUUGACGUUGUGCAUGUUGCGUACCAGAUGGCUGCCUCCAUUCACUACUUGCAUCUCAGGAAUGUGGUGCACCGAGAUGUGAAGGGAGACAACUACUUGAUGGACCGCAAGCUCAUGACGGACAACCAGUGCAAGAUCGUGCUGACGGACUUCGGCACAGCCUGCCACGCUUCUACCACCGACCGGCUCUCUUCUGGGGUGGGCACCAAGAUCUUCUGGCCACCGGAGUUCUUCGACCGGGACUAUGGCCAGAAGGUGGACGUGUGGGCGAUGGGCGUCAUCAUGUAUGGCCUGGUGAGUGGCCGUUUUCCCUUCAGAGAUGAGAACGAUGUCAGGAACAAGGAGGUGCGCAUUCCGAAGCGCGUCCACCCUGUCUGCGAGGAGUUCAUUCGCAAGAUGCUGGAGAAGCCAGAAAAGACGAGGAUGAGCGCAAGCGAUGUCAUGAAUCAUCCUUGGAUCGCCGGCAAGUUCGGAAAGGUGGAGGACAGCAACGGUGCCAACAAAGAGGAGGAAGGCGACAAGGAUGCUGAUGGAAUGGCGGAGGCCGGAGUGAACGACGGGAUCAAGGAAAGGCGCCAGGAGCUGAUCCAGCGCAUGAACCGGGAAGCGGAGAGCCGCAAGGGCAUUGCCACAAAGAAGCAGCUCUUGAACCACAAGAACAAGAAGUUUGUGGUUGACGGCAAAAUCGUACAGGGUGGCAAAGCCUCGUACGAGUGGUGGGCAGAGGAUCAGGCCAAGAAGGACAAGCUCCUUGACUUCGAGAACUUGGCCGUUGCACCAAAGGACGACCUCAUGGACCUGGACAUGUUCCGCAAGACGCUCGUGGAGCACAACAUCGACCCGAAUCAGUUCGGCGUGGGCAAGGCCAAGGGAAUCGAGCAACUGGCCAAGGAGGUGGAGACGGGCGCUUCCAGGCUCAUGUUGGAUGCCAAGGAGCAUAAGAAGUUGGUACGCGUGGUCGACAUCGUGGUGUUGAAGCUGCGCCCUGCAGAUGGCUCACGUCUCUUGGUGGAGUUCAAGGAGCAGUUCCCUGACGGCCGCGAGCGGGAGACGCUGCGCUUGCCUGGGACCAAGAAGGAGCCCCACGAGAAUGCGAGGCAAACAUCCGAGCGCAUCCUGAGGGAGAUGAUGAACAUUGAGCCCGGCAUGGUGUCCUUCGACUUCUCCACGGUGGAGCGCCAGGAAGAAGAGACGGACUCCCCUUCCUUCCCGGGCGUCACCACGGUCUACCGCAAGGAGCUGGUGGAAUGCAAGGUGAUGACUCCAGACCAGGCUGCCCAAGAGAAGGUCGGCCUGCCAUCCAUGCAGCAGUGGAAGUCCACAGAUCCUCAGGGCAACACCAAGUUCUUCACCUGGCUCACGGACAGCGAGGCGGAGGCCAAGAAGGUGAAGCUCAAGGUGCAGGGCUCCCACAUCUCCACGCUGGUGCGAGCCCCCAUUGGUCUGGACGAGGAGGCCUUGCGGGAGUACCUGAUCGCGCACAACAUCGACAUCAAGAAGUUUGGCAAGGACGGUACCAAGUCACUAAAAGAGUUCUCUUCGGAGCUCAUCAAGGGUGAGACGCGGCUGCUGCAGGUGGAGAGCGAGAUUUUGGUCAUUACGGAGGUUGUGAUGCUCAUCCUGCGCAACGCGGAGAACAAGGAGAUCUUGGUGCAAACUGCGCAGGUCUGGCCAGAUGGAAAGACAAGCCAUCAGGCGCGCAUCCCAGGCGCCAAGCGCCGUCCGGACGAGAACCAGUUCCUUUGCGCCAGGCGCAUCCUGAAGAGGCAGCUCGAGAUUGAUGAGAAUGCUGUGCGCAUCUCCCAAGAAGUGGGCUACAUCGAGGAGGAUCGCAGUUCCAAAGGCUAUCCUGGGCUGAAGACGGUCUACAGGAAGCGGAUCAUCAAGGGCGAGGUCAUCCCCGAUGCUUGAGAUGCUGGACGCGCGGUCGGCCGAUGCGGAUUCACGCAGUGAACGGGCGAUUUUGACCCUCCCAGGGGUCACAAGGACCCCACGGGGAUACCACCUUCAGCACU